ACCUGAACCACUUUCGCUUCGAGGUCUAGUUAGCAAUAUGAUUACUCCCAAUAUGACGCCCCGUAUCUGUACUACUCCGCAACACAGCAACAAAUGUAACAAGGGUCCAUCCGUCAGUUGGCUGUCAAGCACGUCCAGAUGUUGGAAGUUUCGGCGCGCUUUCAACAUCCCCAGUUGGCAGCCUGGGAUUGUACUGCCCUAGUCGCACUGGAUAGCAUCAAUUCGCCCCUCAAAUACCUCUGGCCCGCGAGUGCCAGUUGGUACGCCCUGACCGCUACUGCUUAGUUCCCUUCCUACUGAAUAUCGCCAGCUCGCACAUUUCUCGCGUGUCCCCUAACGAUGCCAGGAUCCGAAGUGCGUUAUGCCCGCAUGCCGAGUGUCGACUCGAACUACAAGGACGAGGACUUCGACCCGACGUCGCCCUUUCCCUGCGACAGCCAUGCAGCGCCAGUUCCAAGCCACAGCGAACCGAACGCCCAGCAGACUACACUUCGCCGCUACUGGCCGACCCUAGUCGGUCUGACGUUCUUCUGCGCUUCUCUUGUGCUCUUUUAUCGGUCUCUCCACGUCUCGGAGACACAGUGCGCGGAGCGACUGUCUGCAUACUCUCCUGCAAUACAAGCAGUGGAGUACAACGACGUGGUCUUCAACGGCUCUCUCCGUCACCCAUCCGAGUUCCGCGGGUCUCCCACUCCGGAGCUCGACGCUGCAUGGGACAGAAUCAGCGGCCUCCGACCACUGCGUCUGUCCGAAGACGACCUUGCGAAGAUCGGGAAGGAGUCGACGCCGUCCCUUGCCAAGUACCACGAGGAAGACGGAGGGGGCUACUUCGCGACCAUCGAGAUCGCGCAUCACAUGCACUGUCUGAACAUGCUCCGCAAGGCCACCUACUGGGACUACUACGCACCACUCGACGACAGCUACCAGAAGGACCCCGACUUCCACCGCGUGCACCUAGACCACUGCAUCGAGCUGUUGCGGCAGAGCCUCAUGUGCACAGCCGACGUCGGGCUCAUCACCUUCAACUGGGUCGGGAACCACCGCACGCCCUGGCCGGACUUCAGCACGCAGCACCGCUGCCGGAACUUCGACAAGAUCGUUGACUGGAAUCAGGCGCAUAGCGUCCUGAUCUACGGGCCCAGCCUCACGCGCACCGAGGGCGUGGUGGACUUGCCGGAGCCAGGGCCUUGAGGCUUGAGAGACGUCCUGUUCGUGGCGAUGCUAAUAUAAAUUA